AGCUGUGUGUCUGAUUAAUUCAAUGUAACGCGAUGCGUUAGUGGAGAAACCUGUUUUCUGCUGUUGCGGUGGAUGUACCAGCUGCAGACUGGGGGAAAUCAGAUUUUUUUUUACAUUGGGACAUUAUAACAGUUACAAGUACCUAUACACAAAGUUAUUUGCUCUAAAAGCAUUACGUUUGGAUCUUAAAAUGAAAAUAAAUUUAAGAGAUGGGUUAUAAUUAGAAGGAAAAGUCUCCACCAUUGUGAGAGGAUUAAAACCAAGUCACACGAAUUGGAAUAAUAGUCCUUGUACUACAUAUUUGGGUGAGAGGAGAGCAUUAUCUCUGCACAAAAUGUCAUCAGAAAAACACGGUCUGGAUGACUCUGGACGUCAGUCCAUGUCCCAGCCCAUGACCCAGAUGCAGCCCCCUCCCUACCUCCCAAACCAGGCUCCAAACAUGCCUCAGCACCCGGGCAUGGCCCCCCAACAGGGCUGUGGCCCCCAACCCAACUACCCCCCUCCACCUCCACCUCCAGGCUCUGACGGCUACCUCCAGGAGACCCAGUUCCACUGCGGCCCCCUCGGACCCCCAGGUGCUCCCCAUGGCUACACAGUACAGACCCAGGGGGCUGGAGGGACAGUGCCCCACCCCCCAGUGGGGUACCUCCACCCAGGCUACCCCCUCCAACUGCAGCCUUGCACAGCCUAUGUGCCCAUCUACCCCAUGGCGUCGGGCCAGCCCUACAUGCCAGGAGGCGGUGGGGGAAUGCCCCAGGGGCAGAUGGCCAUGCAGAUGCCCCCUGGCAUCGCCCUGAUGGAACCGCGUAGGCCGCCACACGACUACCUGCCCAUCGCCGUCCUGACCACUGUCUGCUGCUUCUGGCCCACCGGAAUCAUCGCCAUCAUCAAGGCUGUGCAGGUGCGUACGGCGGUUGCCAGGGGGGACAUGGUGACGGCGGAGAUAGCGUCUCGAGAGGCGCGGAACUUCUCCUUCAUCAGUCUGGCGGUGGGCAUAGCCUCCAUCGUCCUCUGCACCAUCCUCACAGUGGUGGUCAUCAUCGCCUCACAGCACCACGACGACGACUGGGAUCCUUAGACACACACGCCACGCGCUCACACACACUCACACACUCACAUACAGGAACAUACAGUACAGCAUAGGUAGAGACACUGACUGACUUACUCAUACUGGUAUUCUGGGGUGUGCUUGACUGUACGUAUGUGUUCUACCUACAGUUCUGACCCUACCAACUGACUAUGCCAUCUGAUCUGGCUAAUAACCAAUCAUUUCCAAUCUUCAAACGCUAAUGGGACUUGGGAACCUAUAGAGGCCAGUAUUAAUGUUACCGUGGCAACUAUCUUUCCAUUCAGAUAUCGCUUAUUAGGGAUUAAAACGAAGCACAUAUCUGACAUAACAUUAAUUUGAUACUAGUCUAAUCUUGAUUUGAUAUUAACUAUUCAUUUUAUGUUAAUCACUGAUAGAUGGAUUUAUUGAUGGUCCCAUCAAAUCCACUGUAGCUGCGAGACCAAAACAUGAGUCACACACUGUAUUUAAAGUGCUUCAGCCUUCUCAUGACUGCCAAAUGGAGGACAAACCAUAGUGGCUAUUUCUGUACACAAUGAGGUAUUUUGAAUUACUGACUAUGUUUUACUUACACACAGAAGUCGAGUAUUAUAAUUUUUUGCUUCAAACAGUAAAUCAAUUACUUUUUUUGUAAUUGAUUUACAACAUAUUAUUAGGAACAAUUACAAAACAAAUUGCCAAAUUAACAAAUAGUUUAGACACAUAAGAUCGAUAAUGAAUUACACACCUACUGGCAAGUAAACUGAUAUUAUAACAAGGUCUAACAUAACCAAACAUGAAAUUUAUCAGAGGCUGGACUUUGUGUCAUGGUUGGAUAAUACUGUAUUGGUUCACUUUACUAAAUUUGUUUAUUUAUUAAGAUAUACUAUUUAUGUAUUUAUCUAUUUGUUAAUUUAUUCAAUUCCUACCGUUGUGUGUUUUUAAUUCAGUAGAUAAGCUGUUCUUUUUAUCUGCCCCUAUAUCAAUAGAUUUUUGUAGCUAGCUAUAUUACACUUUGCGGCUAGCAAAAAUUUGAAAUUUCUGUAAUGAUUUGCACAUUCCAACACUAAAAUGGCACAGCAUCAAAUGUUUUGUAGUUUAUAAUACUUAAUAGAUAUCAGUUGUCUUAGAGGUAGUCUCUCUGCACUUAACAACAGAGUAGACAUCUUGAGUUAAAAAAAUGCAGAUGGCUUGAAGUGGUUGAAACGUCUCAUAAAUGUUCUAUAUAGAACAGGAAAUAGUGAAUGAAAAACCAACAAUUUAGAAGAAGCUAUUUAUAGCCUCUCAAUCUUAUUCACAGCGACCCUGAUGAUGCUCAGAACUGAACUGUAUUCAGACAGGACUGUUCAUCACAGCUGUAAAAGCUGGGCCACAAAAACAUGACUGCUGUCUGAAGCAGCCCACCACUUGGUUUUAUUAGUUGUGCUGUUUCCUGUGUUUGGCCACAGAAGCAGGGUACAUAGUGUAAACUGGAUGUCCAGAACAGUGGAAUUGAAAAUGAAUGUUUCUGUAGAGAACAAAAGUCAAUGCCUAUAUUCUGUAUAUUGUAGCACUUUCCUCUCUACAAUCUGUUUGUUUUGUUAACUCUAUCCUCCCCCCUCUCUCUUUCUCUCUCUCACUGUCUUUCUCCCUGCCAUGCAGGUUGAACAUGUCUUACCUGUAUUGACAACAUAUCUUUCUCGCUUCACUCUUUCCUCUGUUCUAGAUUCUUAUGAUGCUAUUUUUUGAGAGAAUCCUGAAUCUGCUUAGAGAUAUUGAACAUGUAUUGUGUGUUGUGAGGGACCAUGAUAACAAUGUAAAUAUUGUAUUAGGCUGUAUAAGGUUAUCUUCAGUAAGUCUGAUUCUAAUUAUGAUUAUUGUUACUUAGUGAUGAUGGCUUUGAUGAUCACUACCAUAGGCUAUGGCAUUUCAUCUAAUCUGUCCUUAUUUCAAAGACACAGUAUUUUAGAGAUGAUAAAUUCAGAAAAAUCUAAGUGAGCUCAGUGCUGUAUCCUUUAAUGCUGUCACUCUCCCCUUUGUACAAGAGAGCUAUUCUGGGAUGUGUGCGUGUGUUUGUAUGCUUUAGACUCACCCCCUGACAUAUCUAGUUUAGCUAGCUCUACGCUAAACCCCACCUAUGUGUACUUGCUUUCCUAGGUGAUGGUUCUACGUCGUUACAGAUGCCCUUGGCUAGGCAGACGAAACUCUAAACUGCUUUUAUGGUUUAGAGAUGCUGUACACCUCCUCUCCUAGCCUGUAAAUGCGAGGGAUUGCUUGUUCAAAGAGGCUGCUGUGUACACGUGCUUUCUCUCUGGGGGAUAUUCUGUUCGUGGAUGUUACACAUGCAUUUGUUGUGUAUGAAUUCAGUCGUUUGAAUAAAGGAAUCCUUUUUGGUUGUGAAAGAC